UUAUGUAGAUGUUGGCGCAUACGGGCGUGAGAGCGAUGGAGGUGUCUUGGGUCGCAGUGCCUUCGGAUCCAGACUGGCAGAGGGCAACCUCAAUCUCCCCGCCCCUGCUGUCCUACCAGGCACCACAACGCCCAGUCCUUUUGUUUUUCCUGGGGGAUGAGGCCUUUCCCCUACAGGUGAACCUGAUGCGUCCCUAUCCAGGUACUAACCUGCAGGAUAGGAAGCGCAUCUACAACUACCGACAGGCCAGGGCGAGACGCGUAGUGGAGAAUGCCUUUGGCAUAUUGGCUGCGCGCUUCCGAAUCUUUGGCCGUCCAAUUGACUGCCAACCUGAAAAGGCCGUGAAGAUUGUGAAGGCGUGCGUGGCUCUCCACAACUUCCUGGCAUCCACCGAACGAGCCAGAUACAUGCCCGCCUCCUUUGUGGAUACGACCGCUGACACCGGAGAGGUCCAGCCUGGAGAGUGGAGGCAGCAUGUCGAGGGGGACCGGAAUAUGGUCGACGGACCACGGUGUUCGGUCGGCAGAGCCAGACCAUCUCAAAGAGCGGCACUUGUCAGGGAGCAGCUGGCAGAUUAUUUUCUGUCGGAUGCUGGCGUGUUUCCCCACCAGUACAAUGUGCUACGAUUGGGCACUGACCUAUAAACGUAUUGUUCACUUGGAAGCAUGACUUCUAAUUUUUUUUUUUUUUUGGUUUACGUCAAACUCAUUAAUUCAUAUCCAUAUAAAAUGUUUACACAACGAGCUACUGCCUUGACAGAUGAAUGAAUUAUUUAAUUGUACGCCUAUAGCCAAAGCUAUAGCGCAUAAUGUCUACAGAAAUUAUCACCAUUUUUAUAUGAUGUGCAUGUAUUUACCUGUAUGUCAAUUGUGGCACAUUUACAUUUAGGGCAUUUAGCAGACGCUUUUAUCCAAAGCGACUUACAAUAAGUACAUUUGUCAUAAGAAGUGCAUCAAUAUAUCGCUGUCGGUACAGAAAGGAUGUUCAUAGAACCAAGUGCAAGUACCACAAUCGCUAGGUUAAUCAAUUCCCCGUAUUACAGACAUGAUAGCAGCUGCUGCAGUUGCUACACAGUUAAGUGCUACAA